AUGACUUCAGACCACCUAACUGCCGGUGAGAAGCCGAAAUAUGAAAGAACUCAACAACAACCUGAGAACCCAUUCGCGGCUCUCAUUCCUGACCAGGAGAUUGCUAUCAUCCCGUCCUUUACGCUUGAGUCAGGUGUAACGCUCUACAAUGUUCCUGUUGCGUACACCGUCCGGGGCAAGCUAUCGCCCAAAGGAGACAAUGCUAUGGUAGUUUGCCAUGCCUUGACCGGGAGCGCAGACGUCAGUGACUGGUGGGGACCCCUGCUCGGUGGUCCUGGCCGGACACUGGACAUUUCACGCUUCUUCGUCGUCUGUGUGAACUGCUUGGGCAGUCCUUACGGCACGGCCAGUCCGGUUACCGCCAAGGACGGUGAUCUCAGCAAGGAGAGAUAUGGACCGGAGUUCCCCCUGACUACAAUCAGAGACGAUGUAAAUCUUCAAAAGCUUCUCCUCGACGACUUGGGGGUCCGCCAGGUGGCGGCUGUGAUUGGGGGGUCACUGGGUGGCAUGUGCGUGCUUGAAUGGGGGUAUCUCGGCAAGGACUACGUUCGAUGCAUCGUACCCAUCGCCACCUCCAGCCGACACAGUGCAUGGGGCAUCAGCUGGGGCGAGGCUCAACGGCAGAGCAUCUAUGCGGAUCCCAAGUACGAUGAUGGCUAUUAUUCCUUCUCUGAUUCGCCGACGACAGGCCUGGGUGCCGCACGCAUGUCUGCGCUCUUAACCUACCGCAGCCGGAACUCUUUCGAGUCUCGCUUCGGGCGGAACAUUCCCGACCCGUCAAGGCGCCAGACCAUUCGAGAGAGACCAGCACCUGCCACGCCGUCCGAGGCGCACUUCCACAUCCACAACGACGGGCACAAAACAAGGCGAAACACCCCAUCGCGCACCAAUAGCAAUGCCAGUAAUGUCGCCCAUGGAAACGGCUUAGACAACGGCUCUUCCGUCGCCCUGGCGGAUCCCCAGUUCCACGGACCGAGCAGGGAAAACCCGACGGACACCGAGACGAUGCCCAUAGGGUCCACGUAUUUCUCCGCCCAGUCGUACCUGCGCUACCAGGGGGCCAAGUUUGUCAAGCGAUUCGACGGCAACUGCUACAUCGCCAUGACCCGGAAGCUCGACACGCACGACAUCAGCCGCGGGCGUGCGCCGACCAUAGCGGAGGCCCUGCGCCUGAUCGAGCAGCCGACCCUCGUGCUCGGGAUCGAGAGCGACGGGCUCUUCACGUUCGCCGAGCAGGAGGAGCUGGCCGAGCACAUCCCGAAUGCGCGGCUGGAGCGGAUCGACAGCCCCGAGGGCCACGACGCCUUCCUCCUCCAAUUCGAACAAGUCAAUAACUACAUUAUGGAGUUCCUGCGCGAGAUCCUGCCGGACAUCAUGAACAGGGGAGGGAACGAGGACGCCGCCGCAAGCGCCGUCGGCGAGCUGACUAAGAGCAGCACCUUUGGCGAGGCCGAGGUGGAAGACAUCACCGCGUGGUAG